UACUUCCACCGAAUCAGGGUGCCAGUGAGUGAUGUUGCCGCCAUAGGUGGAGGCAGCACGGGGGGAUCAUGUUUGGGAUUAAUGCCAUCCGCGGCUCCCCCUCGCGUGCGCCCGGUGUCACCGUGACGCGCACGUGAAGGCGCACAGAGCGAGUCACGUCUGGCGGGCGGAGGGAUCACCAAGUUGGGAUGCUGAGGAGCGAUGCUCGCUGUAAGUUUGGAUGGAAAAAUAGGCUAAAUGUGCGCGAGCUUUGGCGUGAGCUGCUUUUCUAUCCGCCAGAUUUGUUUUUAAAAAAAAAAAAGGUCAAAUGAGGAGACUUUGGCUGCGAAAGGAGCGGAACAUGGCGAGCGUCAGGGUCGAUCCAAAUCUGGGCAAACAAAUAUGACCGCCGAUAAAAUCCCAAACCUCGGAUGAAUCCUGGAUUAUAAUCGGCCAUAUUCCUCUGGAGGACGAGCGGAAUCCGAGUGGCGCAUCCCCUGCGCGUAAUGAGAGAAAAGUUUCGGACCUUUCGGAGCCUGUAAAUAGCAUGUGACUCACUGCUCCCCUUCUUCCUGGUUUAUUUUUUAUUUUAUUUUUUCAUUUUUCGGACAAAGUUUGACAGGUGAACUGAAACAUCCAGUAUGACUUGAAGGACCCUCGGAGGGGAGAGGGGGGGUCUUCGGAACUCUCAUCAAAGCAGUGAACGAUCAGUGCGCAGAUCUACCCCCCAGGAAAGACGCCACGUUAAGGAUCUAAAGCGGAAUCUGCAGCAGCAGGAGCGACGCAGUGAAACAAACAACAAAAGAGUCUCUCUACAGUUGGAAUCACCUUCUCCCCCCACCCCCCACCCCCCCACUUUGGAUGUCUGCGAUGCUGGGACCGAGCUGUGUGAUGGAGGUGCUGGUGCUGACCGUCCUGUCCUGGGUGUCCGUGUGGGCGGAGGAGAAGAUCAUCUUCGACAGGCACGCUGUUUACUGGAACAGCUCCAAUCCCAAGUUCUGGCAUGGAGAGUACAGAGUGGCGGUGAACAUCAACGACUAUCUGGACAUCUACUGUCCGUUCUACGAGGGGCCUCCGUCCCACGGCCGCAUGGAGCGCUACAUCCUGUUCAUGGUCAACCACGAGGGCUACACUUCCUGCCAGCACAGGAUGCGCGGCUUCAAACGCUGGGAGUGCAACCGCCCCACCGGUCCCGACGGGCCCCUGCGCUUCUCCGAGAAGUUCCAGCUCUUCACUCCCUUCUCCCUGGGCUUCGAGUUCAGACCUGGGCACGAGUACUACUACAUCUCGUCUCCUCACCCAAACCAUGUGGGGCGGGCAUGUCUAAAGCUGAAGGUGUAUGUCAGACCUCCAGAUGGGUCGGGAUACGAUUCUCCAGAGCCGUUCCUGACUGAUGGGGGUCCCGGCUCCAGGGCAGGGUGCUUGGCCCUGUUAGCCGCUCUGGCCUCACCGUUCCUGGGACUCCUCUUCUGGCUGUGACCCUUCUCUCUCCUCUCCUCCUCCUGGAGCUUCACAUCAUAGGAUGAUGGGCUGGGCUGGCUGUCCCUCUAAAUUCACCACCCCUCAGGGAAGCCCUCUUUUCUGCUCCUUUUUUUCUCCCCACCUCCACCUCGAUAUGAACACCAACCACCCCCACCCCACUGCCAGCCCCUUUCUUGGCCCAGCCACAGACACCCUUCCCAGGCGUGGUGGCGAGCGUUGGAGGGUUUAAGGUCAUCUGGGAAGACGCCCUUCAUCUCCCAUUCCUGAGGUCUUGGUUGAACGGCACCUCUCAGCUGAAAACACAAGAGAAAAGUCUCAGCACUCAUAUCAGGGGGUCUUUUUUUAAUUUGACUAUUGACUCUUGGCCACUGAUGGGGUAGAUGUAGCCAUGGCUGUGAUUAAACUUGUCGUCCCAGUGCAGUUCCUAUCAUCCAAUCACAGUGGGAUGCAUUAAGCGAUAGGCCUGAAUGCACAAAAAUUGGAUUUUGCUCACAUUGCUAUCCCUUCCUUUAAAACCGCGAAUUGGAAGUGGCCGUGCUUGCAUUGUAAUUGGAAUUCUAUACAACGUGGACCGUUUCCAAUUGCACCAGGGAUAAGAGCAAACGCACUGAAAUGAGAAAAGAAAAGGAAUAAGGGGGGAGGGGGGCAAUGAAACCACAAAUUUUAAUAAAACUAAAAUGAAAACGUACGGAGCCCACAUAGGGCCAAACGUAAAAAAUAAAAUUUAAUGCUGAAAAAAAUUGUUCCGUCAGUUUAGUAAAGCAAAAACACAGAUUUUCAAUAAACAGUGUUUAUGUACAGAAUGUGUUGUGCUUUGUUUUAGUGUGGGGGGCAAAACAGGAGUUUUAGGGACAAAUGGCAAAAUCAGGCUGUAAAUAUGUGAAUGGUUUCUUCUAUUCAUUUUUUUCCAAUCAGACUACUUCUGAUUAAUUUGGGCUAUUUUAACCAUUCACAUAUCAAAAUGUUUGGCUUAAUCAAGAUUAGUUAUCUAUGACUUUUGGGUUUUGUAACUUUUAGGCUCUUGGAAGUAUUUAGUUUUUAAUAUUUUUCCAUUUUGCUUCGUUUUGCUGCUGUUUAUAUUUUACCUUUAACACCUCUUCCGCAAACCUCAGCUAGACCAGCACAUAGCAUUCACACUGUAUCACUACAGAAAAUACAAUUUCCUUAAUAAUCAAUAAAUUAUAGAUAAAUCAACAUAAUAUUUUUGCUCUACUAUGAAGCAUUUUUUGAUAAUUACUUAAAGAGUAUGACUCUGCUUCCUUCUAAAAUCACAUUAAAAUGUAAUCAAAUCCUUUUUUAUGUUUUACCAACAGUUCAAUUUAAAACAUGCUGAUUUGUAUAAUUUUGGAUAAUUAAUUUCCUU